AGCCAUUAUCCCUUUUUCAAGUAGGUUACCAUGAUAACAAACAAAGAGAAACUUAAAAACUUGGAGAUCAGGAUCAGUGUAGGCGGUCUGCAGGAGGGCUUGAGACGCAUGGAGGCAGGUAUAGCCGAGAAGCUCCACCAGAUCGAAACUACCCUCCAGCGAUUAACGAAAGCCUUGGGGUUGAACCCAAAAGGCUCCAGCAGCCAUACUGCGAGCCAAACUGGCCAAGCGUGGCCAAACAGAGAUGACGGAAUGGAGCUCAUCAACUCCACAUCUCUUCCCAACUAUGAGGAUGCUUUAACAAAGAGAUCAGAAAACCAGAUGGGUAACCCUUAUUUGAUGGAAUUAAGUACGGGAUCAAUUCCAAUGAGUCAUAGUCCAAUUCUGGCGAUGUUUUGCAUCAUGGCGAGUCCUAGCAGAAACCAAAUGAUGAUGGGGAGUGAUAAUGUGUGGUUGUUCUUAUCUGUGAGUAGUAGCACUAUAUCUAGUGGUGUGCAUUUCAUAAACUUGCCUACUCCUAUUGCUUUGUUGACUGGACAGCAACUUGGCUCUGCAACGAGUCAUAAUAACUCAGUUGGUGGCGAUAGUCAUUAGGGCAUGUUUGGCGCGUUAAAUGCGUAUCAUCCGAUUCCCCCCAACACUAUCAAUAUCUCCAAUUCGAUUAGGUCAGGGGCGGUCCCAUCAUCAGCAUCAUGGAGGAGGAGAAGAGGGAGCAUGACGCAAGUCAUAAUUCUUCUCAACAAAAAUUACAAUAUAUAUAUAUAUAUAUGUGCAAGUAUAUUUUUACAAAAGAAAAAAAAAGUUCAAUGACUAGAAACUUGAGGACAAGGUUCCUAUAAAGAGGGGAGUAGUGAUACACCACAAAUAUCACAGAGACAGCGGGUACCCAAUCCUAGAUAUUUUAGCAACCGCCUUCCAUGACUGGGUCAACCACCAAGCAGUUGAAGAAGCAGUUUCCCAACAAAUAGUUGCAAAAGCAGUUCUCCCAUGACCACCAUGCAGUUUCUCCAAAACAAUCUUUUAUUUCUAACUUCUUAGAUCAUGCCCCUGCUUAUCAGGGAGCAGUUAUGUUACCUAUUUUAUUUAAGCAUGUAUGCAGUAAGGAAAGGGGGAAAAUUUUAGUAAUCAAAACUUGUGGUUUCUUUCUCACCUUAAGAGAAAAUUUGUUUUUAAUUUUUCUGUUCUGACUGGGACCUAUCAGGAUGUUCGGAAUUUAUUAGAAAUUGGCUUAAAAAGAUUUAAAGACUCUAGAAAUCUGGAAUUUAUUCCACCUUCCAACAACAGUUUCACGUGUUACAGAACCUUCAGAACCUGAUCCUUUUCUUGUGUUUUCCCAGCUUAAAUCUGCAACUUUUUUCCAGGUAAGAUGGGUGAUAAUCUAAUGAAUGCAAGUAUGGAUAUUUUUAGCUUACAUUGCAUUCGGUAAAACCUUUCAAAAUUAAAACCAAAGUGGCAUUUAAAAUGAAAAGGGUGAGUGAGUUCUCAUUUGCAUUUUUGAUGAUUCUAUGAACUAUUUUAAUUGUUUUUAAUGUGGAAUGUUGAUGUUUACAUGCAAUAGAUGAUGGAAAUGAUAUUUUAAAAACAGAAAAUGGGAAAUAGAUGAUACA